GCCAUCAAAGCGAGUUGGGCGCCGAACACCCUCAAAGGCUACAGCGGCGCCGUGGACCGGUACCUUCGCUUCUGCAGACAGGAGCGCAUCCCCAGCGAAGAGCGGUUCCCCGCGCCGGAAGUGGUGCUAUGCGCGUUUGCCGCGAGAGCGUUGGGAAGGCUGGCCGGGGGGACGGCGAGGAGCUGGAUAGCGGGUCUUAAGGCGUGGCAUACCGCGCACGACGCCCCUUGGCUAGGAGGCGGAAGGCUGCAACAGGUCCUGAAGGGCGUCGAGAAUCUGAGGCCUCGCGAAUCUCGCAAACCCCAGAGAGGACCGGUCACUCGCGAGAUGCUGCGUCAACUGCACAGGAAGCUGAGAUUCGAAUCGCCUCUCGACACCGCGGUCUUCGCAGCCGCU